UGCUAGACUUGUACACAUUUGAUAUAACAUCACCUGGAGAUAAUAAGCUUAGUGAAGGUUAUCAAAUUUUGUCUAAAGACUGCAGAAAUAAGAUGCGUGAAGGGGAUGUGAAAACAAUUACACUUGUAGAUGAACAUGUGAAGCAAUUAUCUAUUUUGAUAUUUGCAUAUGCAAAAUACCUGGAGUGUUUCGCUCGG